GAUGAUCCUAGCUGCUGAUUAUUCCCAGUUGGAGCUGCGGGUGCUAGCUCACCUCUCUAAGGACCAGCGCCUCCUACAGGUGCUGAACGGAGGGGUGGAUGUUUUCCGCUGCAUCGCGGCAGAGUGGAAGAACAUAACCCCAGAUGCUGUGAAGGACGGCCUCAGACAGCAGGCCAAGCAGAUUUGCUAUGGCAUCAUCUACGGGAUGGGAGCCAAGUCUCUGGGGGAGCAGAUGGGCGUGGAUGAGAACGAUGCUGCCUGUUACAUAGAGAGCUUCAAGGCCAGAUACACAGGGAUCCAGUCCUUCCUGAGAGACACGGUGAAGAGCUGUGUAAAAAAGGGCUACGUUCAGACACUGCUGGGACGCAGGAGAUACCUGCCUGGGAUCACAAAUGGCAACACCUACGCCAGGGCACAUGCAGAGCGCCAGGCGGUGAACACCACUGUUCAGGGUUCAGCUGCUGACAUUGUUAAACUGGCCACUGUCAACAUCCAGCAGAGACUACAGGAAACCUUCCCUACUGCCCCCCUGUCACAUCAACACCCACACUCAGGUAACACACACAGUAGCAAGUAGCUCACAACAUU